AUGCGUCAACAAGAAGAUGCUGUGGAUAUCUGGAGAAUGCCUCGGCGCCGAUUAAUACGAUAUGAGGAGCCUGUGCACCGCGACGUCGUGCCAUCUUCUACAGCAUCAUCGCGACCAGGCUGGUGUACCUCAAAACCACCUACCCCCGGCCCAAAGCCAAAGGCACCUUUGCCUAAGGCCCCGGAACACUCUGCGCAAUCAAAUAUUCAUGCCACCAAAGACACGACUACCAUACCAGAAGGUCGUCUACCAACUAGAGGCGAUUUCGGUCAACUUCAAUCGAUAUCCGUUGGCGAAUCCACAGCAUCAGCAAAGUCGUCCAGUGCCACCAAAGCAGCGAACUCGGCCGCAGAAGACAAGAAGGACUUGCCUAAUAGAGAAGCACAUCUCCUCUACGGCGAUGAAUUUAUACUACCGUACCCCUCGAUCGAAUCCUUCGAAGAGCGAUUCAAUUACUCGUUCCACCCAAGCUCCACUCUCAAGUUACCAUCCUCGACACCUCUACGUCUACCGCGUGAAAGUGCCCCGGCCCACAGACCAUUGCAUGACAAAGACACCGAUGCUUCGGCACACCUGAGCGCUCGCAUGGAAAGUCUUUGGCGGCAGACUUGCUCUGACAAGGAGCUCAAUAAACCCCCGACAACAGCGAAACAAAGGGGUCAAAGCUCUUCAGAUUAUUCGAAGAUGCUAAGCGAAAAAACCAAAGCUUACGCGGGUAUGCAAGAGAAGGCUAGACAGCUCUAUAGUACUACUUCUCAAAAGGCGAGAGACGCUCAGAAGAGGGUAGUCACUUCAUCGGCCAAGGAAGUAACACCCGCACUCCUCAAUCCCACGGUUCAGAAUAUCUCUGCACAAACGGCCAGCAAGGUCACUCACCGAAGAGUUGAAGAAGACCCGAGAAGAGCAUCUCCUCUGAUAGCUUCUGGUAGGCUUCCCACUCAAUACACGACAGAGAAGACUACCUCGGCGCAACCGAUUUCCAACACCAAGCGUGAGAAGUGGUUCGCUGUCGACAAGCCUAAAACGCCUCAAGGGGACGAACCUCGGGAAGAGUUCGUGGAGCUAGAUUUGGAGUCAGACGAAGAGGGUUGGGAGAAGGUAGACGGCGACGAUGAGUGGGAGGUUAUUGACGAUCCUAGGGUGGAGAUGGAGCGAAUCGCGAAUCUUCAAAACAAAGCUUAG